ACAAUAUGGCGGCGUCCUUCGACAUGCAGUCGUAAAGUUAGCCAGUUAUUUACAUGCAACAUAUAAAGUUAGAUGUUUGUCUGGCUAUUGCUAUAGAUUUAUAAACAGUGCCGUCUGUUUGAUAGACCACAGAAGAUGUUGUUUUUAGCGGUGGUAUCGUGUUUGCUGUAUUGUACGGUCAGCGCUGAGAAGCCAGGUGCUUUGAAUGAUGUUUGGGAUUUCACUGAGAGCUACCUGCUGACAGUGUGGCAGAACAGGUUAUAUGUGUACACUACUGCUGCUGUUCUCAUAGGAGUCUGGUUUACUGUGAACAUGCUUUUUAAAAAGAAAAAAAUGGUCGACCCUAUAAGUCCUCUGCUUUAUAAAUCUGUGAAAAAGCAAGAACUUUCAACUGAAACAGAAAAAGUCAUUCAUGUUUCUGGGGUCAAAGUGUUUUAUGGAUCACAGACAGGAACUGCAAAGGGUUUUGCAAAAGAGCUUGCUGGAGACGUCGUUGCUCAGGGGAUCCAGUGUGAGGUUAUAGAUAUGAAAGAGUACGACCCAGAGGACAGACUGGCUGAGGAGUGCACAAGCAAGAUGAUCUGUGUGUUCCUGGUGGCCACAUACACAGACGGGCAGCCCACUGAGAGCGCCGAAUGGUUCUGUAAAUGGCUUGAGGAAGCCUCCACAGACUUCCGAUAUGGGAAAACCUACCUGAAGGGAAUGAGAUAUGCCGUCUUUGGGCUGGGGAACUCCGUUUAUGUUGGCCAUUACAACACUGUCAGUAAGAACAUAGAUAAGUGGCUGUGGAUGCUGAGCGCUGCGCGGAUCAUGACCAGAGGAGAAGGCGACUGCAAUGUUGUGAAGAGCCGACACGGCAGCGUGCAGGCUGACUUCCAGGCCUGGAAAACGAAGUUCUUGAACCGGCUGCAGGCCCUGGCCAAGGGUGAGAAGAAAGCCUGCUCUGGCAAGUGCAAGAACGGCAGCUGCAAGAAUAAGAAGAAACAUAAGGAGGAGGCAGAGGACAGCCAGUCGCUCGCUGAGAAGAACAACUCUGAGGAGGAGCUGAUGGAGUCCAGCAGUGAUGCAGAGUCCUCCGCUGAGGAAGAGAAGUCUCAUGGCUCCGUCAUCGACAUGGAGGACCUUGGGAAUGUGAUGAAUCGUAUGAAGAAAGCCAAGAGGAUGGAGGGAGAUGAAGAGGACUCCCAGAGGGUGAAGCUGUCAAAGCAGAAUGGAGUGAGGAAAAGCGAGUCAGAGGAGGAGCGGAGAGAGAUGAUCACUCCAGCCUUGAGAGAUGCUCUGACUAAACAAGGGUACAAACUAAUAGGAAGUCACUCUGGAGUAAAACUGUGUCGUUGGACCAAGUCAAUGCUGAGAGGGAGAGGAGGCUGCUAUAAACACACCUUCUAUGGGAUUGAAUCACACCGCUGUAUGGAGACCACACCGAGCCUGGCCUGUGCCAACAAAUGUGUUUUCUGCUGGAGACACCACACCAACCCGGUGGGCACCGAGUGGCGCUGGAAAAUGGACCCAGCUGAGAAGAUCAUUCAAGAGGCUGUGGAGAACCACAGGAACAUGAUUCGCCAGUUUAGAGGUGUUCCAGGAGUGCGUCCCGAGCGCUUUGAAGAGGGCCUCGCUGUGAAGCACUGUGCUCUGUCUCUGGUGGGCGAACCUAUCAUGUAUCCUGAGAUCAACUCCUUCCUUCGACUCCUUCACCAGCAGAAAAUAUCCAGCUUCCUCGUCACAAACGCCCAGUUCCCUGAGGAGAUCAGGAGUCUUGUGCCUGUUACACAACUUUACGUCAGCGUUGAUGCCAGCACCAAGGACAGUCUGAAGAAAAUUGACCGUCCCCUCUUCAAAGACUUCUGGCAGCGCUUCAUGGACAGUCUCAGAGCACUGGGUGAAAAGCAACAGCGUACGGUGUACAGACUGACCCUGGUGAAGGCCUGGAAUGUGGAUGAGCUGAAGGCCUACGCAGAUCUCAUCGCCCUUGGACAGCCAGAUUUCAUCGAGGUCAAGGGAGUGACAUACUGUGGCGAGAGCUCAGCCAGUAGCCUGACAAUGGCCAACGUACCCUGGCAUGAGGAGGUCGUCUACUUCGUACAGCAGCUUGCCAACCUGCUCCCAGACUAUGAAAUUGCCUGCGAACACGAGCACUCCAACUGUCUGUUACUCGCACACCACAAGUUCAAAGUCGAAGGGGAGUGGUGGACGUGGAUUGACUACAAACGCUUCCAGGAGCUCAUUCAGGAAUACGAGGAGAGCGGGGGCACCAAGAUCUUCUCAGCGAUGGACUAUAUGGCCAAGACCCCCAGCUGGGCGAUUUUUGGGGCCCGAGAGAGGGGAUUUGACCCCUCGGACACACGCUUCCAGAGAAAGAAUAAGACCAAAGAUAUAUCAGGGUGCUAAUGUCCUACUUUAAGUCUGUAGGGGAAUUUGUAUUUUUAAUGAAUGUAAUAGAUGACCUGAUUGACUCCACCCAUAGAUUAAGACUUUUCUUUUUAUUACUUUUGCCAAGACUCAGUUUGCUCUCCAAGACUUGCCUUAGGGAUGAAAUUCUGGUUAGCAUAUACAGUACUUGCAGAUACUUGAUAACUUUUUUUCAUGCUGUUUUAAUGAAUGUUAGCUGCUGUUUUUAGUUAUGAUCACAGUAAUAAAGAAUUUCAUUCCCAAGUCCUGUUCACUCUGAGCUCUGGAUCUAAUAGCUCUGGCAAGAAAACCAUCAGCAGGACAGGACGGAAGAACAAGUGACUUGAAUUUAAGGCUUCAUUUACUCAUACCACCUUAGGGUCUAAAUUUAGAGCGCACUAGAGGAAAGAACUGCAAAAGAAAAAUAUCACUAUAGUUAGCUACGUUAAUAACAUGUCACCUCAAACUGUGAUUUGUGCGUUCUUUUAGACGUUUAGAGGGCAGUUGAGUCAGAUGGGACAUUGAAUGGAGCAGUUCUUUCGGAUUGGCUCAUGAUACAGCUGAAAGCUAUUUGGAAUCAGAACUGCCCCAUAAAUAUCUCUGUAACCAACCACUCAAGACACUGAAAUGCGAAAUUGCAGUUCUUACCUUUUGCAUUGUCUUAUUGUUUUUUGUCUUGGGUAUUUCUACACAACGUUGACAGAUUACAUCAAGUCAAGUGUCACUACAGGUUUUUGUUUUUGUUUGUAUUAUUUUGUCAUUCUUUGCCUUUUUUUGUUUUGCAAAAUGUUGUGAUGCAGUUAUGAACCUGAUGUUUGUCCUUUAUUGGGUUACACUGAAAUUGUGAAUACACCCAAAAGAUAUCUCCAAACUGCAUUUGUUAUUCAUGUACAUGCAGGUGCUUUGCAAAUGAAAUUGAGUUUUGUUGUAGCUGCUAUCUUGGCGUCUUAUUAAAACUGUCUUUUAUGGUGUU